GAAAGGAGGGACCUGAAAAUGGCCAGCAGGGUGUCGAAUUUCUCCAAUCUGAUACAAAGGGUCUCAGCUUCGUGCUUGCUGGAUCCCCUCUGUGCAGUCCGGCGGGACCCAGAUUAUGCGAAUGGGAAGUACUAUGAAGAUGAUGAGGAACGUGAUUUGGAACACUUCGAAGAGGGUCAGGAUACAGAGGAGGAAGAAGAAGAGCGGGAAGCAACGCAGCAAGAAGAGAAUAAUGGAGGAGUUAGGACGUUGGAGCAGAGUAAGAGAGAAUCAAGAAUGGAGGGGCUAGCGGUUGAGAUGGAGGUUUUGCUUAACGAGGUGUUCGAUGCAGUGUCGAUGAUGAAGAGGGCUUAUGUGGGCCUGCAGGAAGCGCACUGCCCGUGGGACCCGGAGAAGAUGAGGGCUGCUGAUGUGACAGUGGUGGCGGAGCUGAAGAGGCUCGGGGUGCUAAGGGAGAGAUACAGGAGGAGCAUUCUCGUGAAUGGGGGCGGUGUUAGCGGAAGGAGAAGCAUUGAUGGCAGGGCAGUUGGGCUAAGAGAGGUGGUUGCACCAUACGAGGCAGCUGUGGAUGAGCUGAAGAGGGAGGUGAAGGCGAGGGAAGUUGAAGUCGAGAACUUGAGGGAGAAGCUGAGGAGUGUGACAAAUCUUGGGGGUUACAAAAAAAGAAGGUCCCUCUCAAAGAAGAAACUCACCCUCAGCCCUAGUCAAGUCAUAGCAGCCCCCGCUCCAGAGCUGUUUGAGGCUACGAUGAGUCGAGUGAAGGAAGCGUUAAAGUCCUUCACUGCCAUCCUACUAUCCCUCAUGCGCUCUGCUCACUGGGACAUUUCAGCCGCCAUUCGUUCUAUUCAAGCCACCUCUGCUGCUGGCGGCACCAAAAACACCUCCUCCAAAACUGGCACUCACCAUGUGAAGUACUCCCUUGAGUCCUACAUCUCCCACAAAAUCUUCCAGGGCUUUGAUCACGAGACAUUCUACAUGGAUGGCAGUCUCUCCUCGCUCCUGAAUCCUGAACAAUACCACCAAGAAUGUUUCACUCAGUAUCGUGACAUGAAGUCAAUGGACCCUGUUGAGCUUCUUGGGAUCUUACCCACCUGCCAGUUUGGUCAGUUCUGCUUAAAGAAGUACCUCUUGAUUGUUAACCCAAAAAUGGAGGGGUCCCUUUUUGGAAACUUGGAUCAGCAGAACCAAGUAAUACAUGGGAACCACCCGAGGAGCGAGUUUUAUCGGGAGUUCCUGGGGCUGGCAAAGGCUGUUUGGUCGCUCCAUUUGCUGGCUUUCUCACUUGAUCCUUCGCCGAACCAGUUCGAGGCUAGCAGAGGAGCCGAGUUUCACCCUCAGUACAUGGAGAGUGUGGUGAAAUUUCAUGGCAGGGUUCCUGCUGGUCAUAUUGUCGGAUUUCCCGUCAGCCCCGGAUUCAAGCUCGGGAAUGGAUCGGUAAUAAGAGCAAGAGUUUAUUUGGUGUCGAGGAUGUGAAAUUAGAAAAAAUUGUGCUCCGUUCACCCCUGCUUCAUUUACGGAAAAAUGCAGACAUAGCGUAGUUUACUAUUUGUAUUAGAUAAUUUAGGGAGGACGCUGUUGGAAAUGAUCAGAGAGGGACGAUGGAAGAGGGAGUUUUGUUGCAUACUGCUGAAAUGGUCUCUUAGUUUGGUCUGCAUUUUCCUCCUUACUAAUUGUUCUGAUUUGUUCAAUCGAGUACCCCGAGUUCGUUA